AUGCUGCCCUACAACUCGAGCGAUAUUCCCGUCGAAUGCGACAAAUCAUUCGACGGCGACGGCGAGAUUCUCAAGUAUUUCGUGCAGGCCUCCUACAUGUUCCCGGGAAUCGCGUUCAAUCUUUUCAUUGCCUACACAAUCCUUAUAAGGAAGCCGAAUGGCUUCAAAGGAAACCCAUUCUUUAUUUUGUUCUCCGUUGACUGCAUUGUGAACUCCUACAUUCUUCUGAUUCAAGCCCUCAUAAGUCGCCCACUUCUAUUCAUCCCUUAUUUGUGCAACAUCGCAAUUCCCUACGUCUUCAAGCCUCGCAUCAUUCUCGGCGUCUAUUUCUACACAAUUAUGCAUUUUCGAGCGUCGAAGGUGCUCAGUGUGACAUUGCUCGUGUUCAAUCGACUAACCGCCAUUUAUAACCCGUUCGGGUACUCAAUGCUGUGGAAGACAUUCCUGCCGAUUUCGAUCCUCGCCAUUUUCGGUUUUCCGCUUUUGAUGCAUUUCAAUUUGCUAGUUUCAAGGGUCUACAUGAUUCCAUGCCUCGGCGGAAUGACGUUUUAUUAUUCUCGACGAAUUCCCUGGGCGAGCACCUCGCUGUUUCAUACGAUUCUCUGGUUUUCGUGCCUUCUUCUUACUAUCGCCUUCUCGACGAUCACUUUGGCGAUAAUGAUGAAGAAGAAGCUGAGGGAAUGCGAGAAAUCGCUUGCCAAAGCCACACUGGUCCUUACUAUCGGCUUCUUUCUUACUGCAAUGUUUCAGUCAUAUUUCGCGUUUCUUCGCCGGAAAAACUCUGCAUAUUAUUUGAUCGCUGAGCACGCAUGCUUUGACUUUUUCACAAUCUCGCCUCCUCAAAUUCGAAUGGUCCUCAAUGCCUACAAUUCCAGUGAUAUUCCGAUCAAAUGCCGCACAUCGCUUAAUCCAAAUAUAGAAGUUUUGAAGUAUCUACUCCAGGCCGCCUAUCUAUUCCCGGCAUCGGCGUUCAAUCUAUUCGUGAUUUUCACAAUGCUCUAUAGAGCCCCAAAUUAUUAUAAGAACAACUCAUUCUUCACAUUGUUCGCUGUUGAUUGUUUUGUGGUAUCUCUCAAAAAUUCGCUUCAAGACCCACCAGCCACGAUAUUCCAGAGCUUCUACGUCCUUCUCAUUCAAGCCGUCUUCGGACGCACCGUGGUUUACAUUCCUUAUCUAUGCGACAUUCUAAUACCAUAUGUGUUCAAACCGCGAUUCAUCAUCGGCUUCUACUUCGUCACCCUCUCCUAUUGCCAAGUCGCCAAAGUGCUCACCCAAACCUUGUUCGUCGUCAAUCGAUUCACCUGUAUUUAUAAGCCAGUUGGCUACACAAAUGCCAGCCUCUCGCUAUUCCAAAUGUUUCUUCAGGGAUUUGCUCUAGCUCUAACUAUAAUCUGCUCAUCAAUUACUAUAGCGAUUCUAAUCAAUCGUCCGACGCGCCUUCGAAAAACUGAAAGGUCUCUCUGCAUUGCCACUGUGAUCAAUUCGUCGGGCUUCCUUGUCAGCGCCAUGUCUCAGUACUAUUUUGCGUUCAUUCGCGGAACCGACAAUGGCAUUCCGUUGGCGGUUCAACAGCUCUCGUUCGAUUAUAUGAAUGUCUCGUGA